AUGACUGACCGGAAGCCCACCAUCUGCGGGGUUGACUCGAGGGCCACACACCGCCCGCGGUUGCGUUCAGGUGCGGAGCGUGUCUACGCGGCGUAUGCGGGCGACUGCUGCGCGGCUACUGGCGGCCUGGGAAGGGCGGGGAGCAGCGUUUCUCUGAAGCGACUCCACCUGCAAGUCCAGCCUCACCGCACUCACGCCACCUCUAACCGCUCUUCACCACUCCGCGCCAUGGCCACUACGUCGGGCCCAGAGCCCCCGGGGAGCACAGGGAGCGCAGCAGCAGGUGCGGCAGAGGAGGAGGAGAUGAGUUUGUGUGUGCGGUGGGCGGGCAGGGAGCUGACGGUGCAGGCGAGCGGGGACGACACGGUGGGCGAGCUGAAGCGGCGCAUCUGCGAGGCGACGGGCGUGCUGCCCAUGCGGCAGAAGCUGCUCAACCUGAAGCUCGCUGGGCGCCCCGCCCCCGACUCCACCCUGCUCUCACAGCUCGCCCUCAAACCGUCCCUCAAGAUCAUGAUGAUGGGCACGGUGGAGAGUGAGGUGGUGGUGGGGCCAGCACCAGAGGAGGCGGGCGAGGUGGUGGGCGACCUAGAAAUGCCGGACGACGAGGCGGUGGCCAUCAAGGACCGCCCGGAGAACCUCGCCAAGCUCAGACGCCGCUCGCAGCACUUCAAGCUGAAGGUGCUGAACCCCCCGCGGGCGGGCAAGCGGCUGCUGGUGCUGGACAUCGACUACACGCUCUUCGACCACGUCUCCACUGCUGAGAGCGCCACCCAGCUCAUGCGCCCCUACCUGCACGAGUUCCUCGCAGCCAGCUACUCCGCGUAUGACAUCAUCAUUUGGUCCGCCACCAGCAUGAGGUGGGUGGAGGUGAAGAUGCGGGAGCUGGGCGUGUUGGGGCACAGCGACUACCGAGUGGUGGCGCUGGUGGACCACAUGGCCAUGAUCACCGUGCACUCGCCCCACCGCGGCGUCUUCGACUGCAAGCCCCUUCAAAUCCUCUGGGACAAGUUCCCCGAGCACUACAGCGCAGCCAACACAAUCAUGUUUGACGAUCUGCGCCGCAACUUCGUCAUGAAUCCGCGCAACGGGCUCACCAUCCGCCCUUUCCGCCGCGCCCACGCCAACCGCCACUCCGACCGCGAGCUCGCUCACCUCACCGAGUACCUGCUCGCCAUCGCUGACCUCGAUGACUGGAGCCACCUAGACCACGACCAAUGGGAGCGCUUUAUGCGGCGCCUGAAGAAGUAG